AUGAAAUUAACAGCGAUUUUCUCUGGUUUCCUGUUCUUGGCUAACACCAUUAGAAUGGUGUCUGCCGACCAAUGUGCUGCUUACACACCUACUCAGUAUUCUGAUUCAAGUUUUUUGAUGGCCCUUCAUAAGACUCCAUUACAUUCAACUCUAGAUAAUAUACCUGGUACAUUACAUAACUAUGUUAUUAAGCUAGUUUCUCCUGGUAGUGCCACUACUGCUCUAACAACUUACGAUAUCGGUUUCGAUAUUAGUGUCACUGACUCUGACGAAUCUGUUAGUGGUGUUCUAUAUCCUGAAUUGAGUGACAAUGUUACUGUAUCUAACUUUAUUUCUGUUUACAAGGCAUUUUUGGUACCACCAACCACUGGUGACUACAUUUUCUCCCUUGAUGGUGUCAGUGAUGGUGCUUCUUUUUUUAUCUAUGACAACCGUGCUAUGUACUGUUGUGAUGACAUGGACUUAGCCGGAUGGUUAGACGAAUCUUCAAACUUUUGUUACAUUCCAGAAGACGCUGAUUACCAAACUAGCUCAAUGACUGUUAGCCUAGAGGCUGGUCUUGGCUACGUGAUUGUGUAUGCUUACACAAACCAUGGUGGUGAUGCUGUUUUCAAACCUUCUAUGACUUUACCAUCUGGUGAGGUUGUUACCAACUUCGAUGGAUACAUUCACGGCAGUGUCGAGGACUCUCAAUGUGGUGUUAAAAGUUCAGAAACUACAACUUACACUCAAGGUACCGUUUCAUAUAACACUACUUAUUCAACUGCUGUUGUUACAUUUGAAACAUUGGGUGAGUUUGUUGAUGAAUCAUACACAGAUGUCGAAACAGUUUACUAUAUCAUGACCCCAGCUGCUGCAUCUAGUUCCGCUAUUGCUUCCAGUUCUUCCGAAGUCAUUACCUCUUCGUCUGUAUCUGAAUCUUCCUCUGUCGUACUAUCUGCUACUUCUUCUGUUGCUUCAUCUUUGGAGUCAUCUGCCGUUGCCCCUGCCUCUGCUGCUUCAAUUGAAUCAUCCGUCCAAUCUUCUGUCCCUGCAUCAUCCAAGCAAUCAACUGCUCAAUCUUCUGAAAUUGCCUCUGAAAUCUCAAGUGUUUCUACAGACGACUUAGUUUCUUCUACCUCUAGUCAAGAUAUUUCAAAUUCUUUGUCAAUUUCUGUCUCUACUGAAAGUGUCACAGGUAGCUCUAAUGCUGCUAGUGCCCUAUCUAGUUCAGUACACUCCACCUCUGCUGCUGGCGAAGAUGCUGAAUCAAGAGAUUCUUCUAACAAUGAUUCUAUGACUACAUCUACUUACACUGAUGUUAAUGGUAUAACUAGAACUACCACUGUCAAAUGUUCCACAGCCUCAGACGAAGGUUCCAUGACAACUUCUACCUAUACUGAUGUCAAUGGUAUAACCAGAACUACCACUGUCAAAUGUUCCACAGCCUCAGCUGGUGUAGAAAACAAUAAUGAAAAGAGUACUCAAACUGUAGUUACUGUUACAACUUACACAUGUACUAAUGGUGAUGUAUCCGUAUCUACAAUUACUCGUACCGAGGUAAUUGAUGCAGCAAAGGCUACUGGUAAAGAAAGUAAGGCUCCAGCUGUCACUUCUACCAUCAACACUGUUGAAUCCUCGGCCAAGGUCCAAAUUCAAUCUAGUAGCGCUACCUCAUCCGCUUCUCUUCGUGUACAAGAUACCCCAAAUGCUGCCGGUAAGUAUGCCACAGGAUUAUUAUUCUCUGUCAUGCCAUUAGCAUUCGCAUUAUUUAUGUAA